AUGUCACAAAAGCCAAAUUCGAAGACACUUGGCAGAGCGUCGGGGUCUCUGAAUGCACCAAUCGCAGCUUUCACCAUGGCAGUGCUUCUCUGUUCCUACUGUUUUAGCUCUAUUCGAACUGCCCGGCGAGAUGCCCAAAUGCAAACCCCAGCGGGGUCUACUUCUUCACGGCGACAAAAGCUAUCAGAGAGGAACGACGAGUCAUGGGUUCAACAGGCUCUCGAGGAAAAGGCGCAGAAUGGUAAAGGAUGA